AUGUACGCUAGCUCCCUCCUCAGACUCCUGGCCUUCGCGGCCGCGGCCUCUGCUGUGCCGCCCAAGCGUUCCUACACCGCGCACUCGUCAAGCUCUAUCGAGAAUCUGAAGAGACAUAUCAAGAAUGUUGUCGUUCUGGAGAUGGAGAACCGCUCCUUGGAUAACUUACUGGGCGGCCAGACGAUCAAGGGUCUUGAGAACCCCAUCAACAACGGUCCCUUCUGCAACCCUUACAAUCUAACCGAGCCCUCGCAAGGCACGGUCUGCAGCAGUGCAAAGAACAUGGAUUCCAUUCUAGAUGACCCUGACCACUCGGUGACUGGCAACAACAUCGAAUUCUACGGUACCUUCACUCCCAACAAUGCCGACAUCGCUAGCGGCAAGUUGACUCCUGCACAGAAGGGCUUCGUGUACGAGCAGCUGCGCUAUUAUGGGGACGAUGCCAACAAGACUGUGCUCGCGAAGCAGGUCCUCAACUAUUACACCGAAGAGCAGGUACCAGUGUUGACGAGCCUGGUGCAGAACUACCUCACUUUCAAUCAUUGGCACUCAGAUUUCCCUGGCCCUACGGCCCCAAACCGCGCCUUCGUGCUCUCUGGGACCUCUGCUGGCCAUGGCACCAACGACGAGGAUUUUGACGCUGACAAGCACGGUCUCACCCAGCGCAGCAUCUUUCAACAGCUGUCUGAAACCAACCGCACCUGGAAAAACUACUACACCGACCCAGCUGAACAGAUGGUUGACGCCUGGUUCUUUAAUUGGACCUUUACCAGCGGUAACCAAGGGCUAGCCGUGCCAUUAGAUAACUUCUACACCGACGCGGCAGCUGGCACGCUGCUCGAUUUCAGCUUCAUCGAGCCAUCCUGCUGUGGCCUGGGCACGACCUCAAUGCACCCGACGGGCCUAAUCUCCCAGGGCGAAACUCUCAUCAAAAAUGUGUACGCCGCGCUCCGCGCCAGUCCUCAUUGGAACCAGACCCUUUUCAUCCUGACCUUCGACGAAACGGGCGGUUUCCAUGACCACGUCCCGCCGCCUCUAGCCCCGCGCCCGGAUGAACUGACCUACACCGAGGAGGCCCCGAAUGGCGAGGAUUAUACUUUCUCCUUUGAUCGGCUAGGUGGCCGUGUCCCGACGCUCCUGAUUUCGCCGUGGGUCGCUAAGGGUGUGGUUGAGCAGAAAGGGACUAACUCGGAUGGAGAGACGGUUUCGUACUCUGCUUCUUCGCUGCUCAGGACACUAGGGUAUCUCUGGGACUUUGAGCCGUUUACACCGCGUGUUGGUGGCUCUGCUUCAUUUGAUCAUUUGAUUCAGAGUUCCAAGCGUACGGAUACACCUGUUUCGUUGCCGGACCCGAAGCCCUUUAAACAGAUACUGAAAGUGCAAAAGCCUCAACAGCAACUUGGAUAA